CCCUGAUUGGUAGUUGGUUCUGGAUCUGGAUUAUAACAGUGCAAGUCAAGACAGUUAUUUGUGGGAUUUACUGAUAAUCUGGAAUCAUAAUGAUGUCUAAAAAAGAUAAACCACCUCUGGUUGAGUGCGAUAAUCGAAUUAAAGAAAUUCGUGUGCAGUUGAACGAACAAUUAAAAUGCCUCGAUCAACACACAGAAUCAAGAGUAGCCUUACUGAAUGAUAUUCAAGAUUUCCUCAAAAGAAAGGCGGAAAUUGACAAUGAAUAUGCCAGAAAAGUAGAAGUUUUAUCUGAAAAAUAUUUAUCGAAGCAAAGAGGAUUGUAUGCUCUCAAGAAAGAGCAACCUGAUCUUGAACUUCAAUCACCUGUAAAAUGUUGGUUUCAAAUGUUAGAACAUUGUCAGCGUGGUGGGAAGGAUCAUACAGUUUUAUCUACAAUCUACCUCACACAUCUCGUUCCACAUUUACAAAUAAUUUCGGAAGACAUUGUUAGAUUACAUAAAAGGACUCAUGAGAUCAGCAUUAACUGCCAAGAAACCCUAAUGAAAGAUAUGAGGAAAUUAUAUCAAUCCAUGCAAACAUACCAGCAAUAUUUCACAGAAUGUGUGCAAGCUGAAAACAAAUUAAAACAAGUUGAAAAACAGUUUGAUAAACGAGCUGACAAAAGCACCGAAUCGCCAAAACUUGAUCCAAAAGCUAAACGUUCGUCCUCUUUUAGGAAGUUGGAGAAACUAAAAGAAAAGAGGUCGCAGAAAUUUUCAGAAAAUAAAUUGAAAUCUAUAAAAGCAAGAAAUGAGUAUUUGAUGCAACUCGAAGUUACAAACACGGCCAUUGAUAAAUAUUACAAUACUGAUCUUGCUGCUGUUCUAGAUGCCAAAAGUACAGGAUAUCACGCAUCUCUGAAACGAGCAUGGAUGGCUCAUGAUAAAAUGGAAACUCUUGCCACGGAAGCGAAAGCUCAAUCAUUAUUAGCGUUGCGAAAAACGGUUGAUGAAUUAAACUCUAAUGCUGAUAAGACAAGGUUUCUCGAGUUCAAUUCUAAUCAGUUCUCUUCCCCACCUGAGUUUUUAUUCUGUCCACAUGAUGGCGACCAAGUGAACCAAGUCACCCUCUCUCAAUCUCAACUACAAAGAGAAGCCGAUAAAAGAUAUCAAGAUAUUGAGAGAACUGUGAAACAAAUGCUAGUGGAUGAUGACGAGAUGAGAAAAACUCUUGCAGCAACAGUGCAAUCUAUGGCCGAGCAAGCUGAUUCAUUAAAACAUGAGCUUGAAAGCGCUUUUAUACCCGAUUCAACCAGGGUAGGAGGGGGACCUUCUUCACCCACUUACCCCCAUCCUAUUGAACCAUUUCUCAAUAAAGAAACUGCGAGGGUACGAACAAAACUUGAAGACCAAGAAGUUUUUUAUUUACAGAAAUUUGAAGAUUUCUUAGAAAAAAGCGGCCAACUCAAGAAAUUGAAAAUCAAAAGGGAUUUAUUAAACCAGGCUUUAGGAGAAGGCGGAGGAACUGGAAUAGAUGGAGGCAAUACUUUGAGCAGAUUCAGAUUACCCAAGCAGCCCAACAAGCAAGGCAAAAAAGGCAUGACAGGAAAGCGAAACUCGAGACUUAAUAUGGCGUCUGUGAAAGCAGUAAAAAGCCAUUUUACGAGCGACAUGGAGACUUACUUAAAGGAAACUGGAUGUAGCAUUCCACCUGUGGUUGAAAGUUGUAUUCGUGUUAUUAAUUUAUAUGGAAUGCACCAUCAAGGAAUAUUCAGGGUACCUGGGUCACAUCAAGACAUCUCAGAAAUGAAAACACAAUUUGACAAAGGAGAAGACCCAGUAUCUGAAAUGGAAGAUGAAAUUGACAUUAAUUCGGUCGCAGGAUUAUUGAAACUUUAUUUUCGACAACUUGAUGGAAAGUUAUUUCCUAGUUACGUUGUUGAUGACUUACUGCAAAGUGUCAACAUUCAAGAUUCCGAAAAACGUGUUGAAAGCAUUCGACGUACUUUGUUAAAUGUUCCUGAAUCAGUGUUGGUGGUCAUGAGAUAUUUAUUCGCUUUUCUCAAUCAUUUAUCUCAACAUAACGAUGAAAAUAUGAUGGAUGCCUAUAAUCUUGCUGUAUGUUUUGGACCUACGUUACUACAAGUUCCAGAAUCUUAUGAUCAAGUAUCAUGUCAAGCUAAUGUUAAUGAAAUCAUUAAGACCAUCAUUCUAUACCAUGAGGACAUCUUCCCAGAUUCCUUGGACGGACCCAAAUAUGAAAAAUUGAUGGCGUCAGAAGAAUUUGUUGCUGACGAUUCUGCUUCAUCAGUAACUGUUGAUCAAUCGGCCGCACAUGAUGAGGACGAUAAAGAAGAACAACAUAGUGCUUCGGUGGUUUCAAGUGUUAGCGAUGACGAAUCUGAGCCAUUGUAUGAAGCAAUAGCAAGAUAUGAAUACAAAGGACGAUCAACUAGAGAAUUAUCAUUCCGUAAAGGAGAUAUACUAACCUUAUACAGACGAGCUUCUGAAGAUUGGUGGGAGGGAAAUUUUAAUGGAAAAGAUGGGUUGAUUCCUCAUACUUAUAUUACAGUGCAAGAAAUAGAUGAUUUUUCUGAUAUACUGUCCAGUCGUGCGGAAUCCGAACUCAGUCUGGACAGCAGUGGGACACCUCAGUCUCCACACAGGUCUGAUCCUUUCUUUAUUCAAGCGAAAAGACGUGCAAGUUCCGAGAAUCUAAAUUCACACUCUGAUGCAAGCAGGAUGGCAAUGAAAACCAAAUCUCUCGAUCGCCAUAGUAACGUGCAAGAAUAUUUACAAAAACAUAAACAAAAACCUUCAAAGAAAUCUCGAGGAGCAUCCGAAACUACAGGUCUCAGUACGUCAAGUUCCUUCAAGGAGAGUGGAGUGAGUAGCAUUGAUGAAUCUCCAACUGCUGGUAGUGAGGCAUCGAGAAUGUCCGUUGCGGAACGUGUCGCAAUGUUUAAAAGAAGUACUAGCAAUUCAGCUGGAAUUGAUCCAGGGACUAUUCAACCAAGAGGUUACGGAACGUUACCACGUAUCCGGCUUGAAUCUGGAAAAAAAUCUGACAUCGAAUCAACAAUGAAAUCUGCCUUAGAUGACUUACAAGCAAUAGAACUCAAAAAUCCAUCUCAUCAUAAAGAUACUCCUGAUGUUGUUCGAGAUACUCUUGAAGCGAGAGGAGCAGGACGAGUGCCGACUCGUAAAGGAGGAUCAGUACGUGGCGAACGUUUAAUUGGAAUCAACACUGCCGCAGAAUUGAAGAAAAUUACCAGUGGGGCGAACAAUAAUAAUAACAACAGUAUUGAAAACGAGGGACGCUAUUCUCCUUUCGCAGUUGCGCAAUCUCUACCUAGCCAAUCAGUAAACGCACGGUCUGCAAUGAAAGUCGGGGUGAUGAAACAAGGACAACGAAAAAAUUCAGUUAAAUUUUGAUCGAUUUUUUUUAAGUUGACCAAGAUGAAAUAGAGUGAACUGUAUAAGGCUAUCACUAGGCUCAUAAUGAAAAAAAAACUUCACGCUUGGAUAAAAGCUUCCGAAGACCAGAGUGGGUUUGGUUAGGAAGUGCCACUGCUUGAAAAUUUUCAAAUUUACAUGAACCUAUUUUAUUAUAAAUGGAUGUUUUUUUUAUUUCAUAUUCUUAUUUCUAGGUGAACUAACCUUACUUACUUAAACUGAUGGCACUUAUCAAGAUUAGUUCAUAGAUGAUAUGUUUUUUCAGUAAUCAUAAAAUGAAGAAGUGAAUUUCGAUGUCAAAAAACUACGAGAUGAAUAUGUUUUCAUGUUUGAAUUUUGAUUUAGUAGAAAUUGGUGGCUUAUCAUUUAGUCCCAUUUGAACUUAAUAAUUGUACUUCAUUCCUUAUAGACUUAUUCAUAAGUGUUGCAAAAUAUGUUUUGACAAAUCCAGAGGGAAAAUUGUUGCACUCUUCUUGGGCCCAAUAUGUGUUUUGCGUUUUUCUAUUACAUAAUGUGUUAAUUCAUUUGUCAUCAAGUACUCGCUUAUCUUACACAUCUUGCUUUAGUUUAGACAGUUCCAUUUUUAUCAUCUUAAUGUGUUAUCAAAAGAGAUAAGAUUAAAGAAUUUUUAUUAAUUUUUGUUGUUCAGAUUAUUAUUAUGGUUGAAGUUUUGUUUUUGUUAUGUUAAACUAGUGACGAUAGUUUAUUUUAUAAUCGUUUUGAGUUUUUCAUCGAUCUCUAAAUUAUCAAUCAGAAAUGAAGAUAGUGUUCAUAGAUCAUUCAUAUGGAAGAGUUACCAGAUCAUGAUGCAUGCAGCAAUGCUGUGAUAUUCUUACAAAUGCUUAAUAUUAUUCUAAAUCUGCCAUGAAUGCUUAUAAAUCUGCUAGUGGAUGUUGUUCCAUUAAGGAGCUUCUGCAUUUCUCACUCAACAAAUUUUAUGAAAUUUGAAAGAGAAAAUAUUAUGAAAUGGUAGCUCUAUUAUAUAAUCGUUAUAAGUUAUCAUAGAAUAAUUAUUAACCCCUUGAAGACAUCUCGAAUGUUUGAAGAAUUUUCCACUUCAUCUGAGAUGAGGGUUGAUAUUUCUUCUUUUUUAAGAUAGGUUUUUCCUGCCUAAUAUAAUAAUGAUCGUUCAAUUUCACUCCAUCGUUAGAAAAUUGUUCGUAGAAAAACUACCUACUCUACACAGAUCAAAAGUAUUCGAAAAUAUUGUUGUAUAGUUAAUGAAAUAUGUCAGUUAUAUUAUAGUUAGUUUUGAAGUAAUAUAUUAUUGUUUACAACAGCAAUGUUGUUUUGUUCAUUCUAAUUUGUCUUGCCUUCUUAAUAUUCACCUUAAAUUACUCUUUCUUUGUAAUAGCACGUUGGGUUCUCACUUCAACAUCUGGUUGUUUUAAGCACUCACGAAACUCAUCAACAAGCCAUAUGUCUCAUUUUUGAUCACCAUUGUUUCCUUCGCAGCAACUUACUCUAGUAAAUUUUAAAGACAAUUAGCUUUUUAUUUAGAACAUUGUAAAAACAAUCCAUGCUAUAUUGUGGAACUACAGUUCUUGUAUUCUGGCAUUAGUUUAGUUAUAACCUCAUUUUUUGAGGUAUUAGUUUGGUUAUAACCUCAUUUUUUAAGGUUUUGUACUAUUACAGACUAUCGCUUGGUGAAUUUAUUCUAUCUUUUCUGUAUUGAGUAUAUUUUACUUCCCAAGUCUGUCAUAAAUUUCAGAGGUAGUGUACUCAAUUUUAUUAUGUCAUACGUGAGUAUACUUGAUAUCACGCUACUUGCAUAUUGUCUCUCUUGUAUUGCGUCUGUAAUAAAAUUCCUUUGGGCGGUUUUGAUGGUUAGAGUGCUGUUCUUGUAUCAUAAAUGUGAUAUAUGAUAAUCAUGACUGAAUCUACAACCCUGUUGAAUACUGAAUUCUUAAUUGGAGCCAAUCAGAACUAUUCUUAUAAACUAAGUGUUAUCAUCAAUCUAGUAAUCAUUGUCUUAUCUGCAUGUAAGAUUUGAAUGAAUUGUCUUCAUAGGUAUUCCAUUGUAACUUCCCAUUUUGGUCAACCUUUGUAUUGAUGUAUUUUGUUUUCCAUUUAAGACGAAUGUUAUUUUGUAUAAAUUUAUUUUGGUGGCCUUAACCUAUUAUUUCUGUUAGGCCUUAUCAUAUAUUAAUGUACUUGUUGCAAGUUAUAUAUACACGGCCAGUUUAAGAGGCUAUGGGUGAUUUUGCUUGUGCCCAUGUGUGAUCGAGGAUGUUUCAUAAUGCAUCUCUUAAUUUUAUGUCAUUAUUUUUUGUUGUUUGUUGUUAAAUCUAGCCUAUGUUGGGUGUUUGCAAGUAUUUCUAUAUACUUACUAUUAUUGAUAUUAUUACAGUUAUUUUGUCUUUGCUUCUUUGAAGCAGAGUUAUGUUUCAAUAAACUGGAUUUAUCGAGUCGA